UUGAACUAUGAUCGUUCACCAUUCGGAGUUAUUUCUAAAUCUUUUCUUUUUUCCACCGUGAAAUUCCAGUUUGAAGAGCAAGAAGAUUCUGAAAGCGACUUCGCGGAAGAACUGCAUAAGCGCGAUCAGAAUCCGUCUCAUCAUGCAGAUAAUGUGUCUGUACCGCCAGAAAUGGGCGAGAAAAAUGAUGAGGAAGAGGAGCGGGAGGAGCUGUCCUUCUUAUUGUUUUAUUCAGAAAUGGCAGACUUGCCCCUGGCUAAAGUUCGAGAAAUCAAAGAAAAGCUUGGUUUAAAGUUGUUCAACAAAGCUUAUUUCGGCACAGAAGCUAAUGACGACACUAAAGAACAGCUUAAAAAGAAAGCAAAAGAUGAGGAAAAGGAGGAGCACCGUCCAAAGGAAAUCUCGUCAAAGAAACCCGUUUCAGUCUUUCGGCCUCUGUAUCAGGACAUGAAAAGGAAGAAAAGGGACCCACGAUUUGACAGUCGAGCAGGCAUGUUCAAGGAGAGGUGUUUCGAAGACAAUUACAGUUUCCUGAAUGAUCUGAGAAGACAAGAGAGAGAGGUCACGGCUGAGUGUGAUGAACAAGGAGACACUGAAAUGAGCAAAUCUAAGGCUAUUCGUCGAAUGGAUAAUCGUGAACGGACAAAGGCUGAACGGAAGUUGAAGGAGGAAACGUUCAAGGAGCUGCGUCAGGAGAACAUUGAACGUAUGAUGCGAGGAGAAAGACCUGUUUUCAAGACGAAAGCAAAGGUUCGAUUGAUGCAAAUGGAAAAGAAGUUUGCACAAUUGAAGAAGGAUAAUAAGCUUGAUAAUUACAUGAAGAGAAAAGCGAAGAAAGAAGCUCGCAAAGAAGCGAAGAGGAAGCCCGAUUUUGAGCAUAAAUACGGAUAUCAGGAGUGA